AUGCUGUCCAUAGAUUAUUUGGGAGUCGGCAUUACUUGCUGUUUGGCUAGAAUUGUCAAGUUUGCCAGGGAAACAGGAGAUCUCCAGACACUUUCAGAUGUUGAUAUGAAGAUUAUCGCUCUAGCAUACAUGUUGGAGGCUGAGGUCCAUGGGACCAGCCAUUUGCGGGAGCAGCCACCUCCACUUCACGUGGUCAGCGUCCGGACCUUGCAAGAGGCACCACUGCCAGGCUGGGGCUCUAAUGUGCCUAACCUAGCAGAGUGGGAAGCAUUGGAUAAGAUGUCUGAGGCAGGCGGGGAUCUUAAUUCUCGGAUCCUCCCACUGAAGGAUCUUGAGAACCAAGAAAUCCCUACAAGCGAGACCAACAGUAUUUCUGAGACACAAGGCGGUGAAGAGUUUCAGCCUUCAAAGAAAGAUGCAUGUAUUCCUUGGGAAGAUGAUGAGAACAAUGAAGGUUGGUUGCCUGCUGUUGGCCGCACCACGCACAGAAAAUAUUUGCGGAGGAAAGCGAGGCGCGAUGCCCUCAAGGCAUCUGAACAAGGUUUUGAGACAAGUUCUGUUGCUCCAUCAGUCGAUGAAGAUCACUUGUCUGAAAAUGGUUUGGAUUCAGUGGAUGGCCCUUCUGUUGUUCCAGAGAAAACAAGGUCAAAUACUGACAGCUUGGAAUCUCUUGAAGAGAAUGAACCCAAAAUUGCUGGAGAUCAACUAUCUAAUGGUGAGAAUGGGGUAGGCAAUGCUGAUACUGUUGAGGGCAGAAAUAAUACUGAUGCAUGCGCUGAACAAUUGGAUAAUUUGGAUAUAAAAAGCGAGACCGAGGAAGGUGUCAGUGCAUCUUUUGUAGAUGACGAGAGCAGUGAGCAGAGUUGGGCCCUGAGGUCCUUAUCUGAAUCAACUGUGGCCUGUGUUACUAGUGACUAUGCCAUGCAAAACGUUAUCCUCCAGAUUGGUCUUCGUCUCUUGGCACCAGGUGGCAUGCAAAUACGUCAGUUGCAUAGGUGGGUUCUGAGGUGUCAUGCUUGCUACAAGGUGACACAAGAGAUUGGAAAAAUAUUCUGUCCAAAGUGUGGCAAUGGUGGCACCUUGCGAAAGGUUUCAGUAACAGUUGGUGAAAAUGGGAUCACUAUGGCUUCACAGCGCCCGCGUGUUACUCUCCGAGGCACAAAAUUUUCCCUUCCAAUGCCCCAAGGUGGAAGAGAUGCCGUCAUUAAGAAUCCCAUUUUACGUGAAGACCAACUUCCCCAGAAGGUUCUGCAUCCUAAAUCGAAGAAGUCAAGCAAGCUGGGGGAUGAUUUCUUGGGCGCUGAGGACAUAUUCACGCACAGCGGCGAGAAGAAGGUGGAGCUGAAACCUCCAGUAAGGAAGGCGCUCGCAAUGUUCAGCGGGAAACGGAAUCCGAACGACAACCACUUUUCUCGCAAGAAGAACUAA